AUGUCGUCCCAAACAUGGCCGGAACUCAAGGCUGACCACCCCAUCAUCAAGCUCCACCAGAAGCUUCCAGAGAUUCUCACUGCUUCUGAGGGCUACAACUCGAUCUGGGGACUCACCCUUAUCGCUCCUCCUGCCGCUGAGCCCAGCGCCAUCUCCGCCACCCCUCCUGCCACCACCUCCACUCCUCCCCCCGCCGAUGCCGCUGCCCCUACACCAGAAGCCGGCCCCACCUUCGGCACCGCGCUGAUCCUGCAGAAGUUCCUGCGCGCGAACGCGAACGACGUUGCCAAGGCCUUCUCGCAGCUGAAGGACACCAUGGUGUGGCGCAAGGGGUUCUUCUCCGCCGACGGAGAGAGCAGCAAGGGAUGGAGCGAGACCAAGUUCAAGGGAAUCGGAUACGUCAACACCAUCAAGCACAAGAGCGGUGUGGAGAAGGUCGUCUCUUGGAACAUCUACGGUGCCACCAAGGAUAUCAAGGCUACGUUCGGCGGACUCGACGAGUUCAUCCGGUGGAGGGUCAAUCUCAUGGAGGAGAGCUUGACGCGUCUCAAGUUGGGCGAGGCCACCGAGCCGAUCCCCGACUACGGUCAGGGCGAGGAUCCUUACAUGAGUCUUCAGGUCCAUGACUACAUGAACGUUUCUUUCUUGCGACUUCCGUCGGAGGUCAAGGCGGCCAGCAAGAAGACGAUUGAGAUGUUCGCAAGAUACUACCCCGAAACGUUGGAGAGGAAGUUUUUCGUGAACGUUCCCGCGCUCAUGGGCUGGGUCUACAGCUUCAUCAAGAGGCUGUUGAGCAACGCUACGGUGUCAAAGUUGGAGAUGUUGAGUUCAAGCAAGGAGCUGGCCUCCUGGUUGGGCGAGGACAUUCCUAAGCAGUACGGUGGA